CUCUCUCUCUCUCUCAAUCUCUCUCUCUCUCUCUCUCUCGCUUCGAUCCUCGUUGAUAUCUAAGCGCCGGCUUUCUUCUUCCUAUCUUCUUCUUCUUCUCGUGAUUCGAUGCGUUGUUGUGGUUUUGGAGCUCAUGGGGUUGUUGGGAACUCUAUUGGGGAUCAUUGGAUUCACCAUCGGCGUCCCUCUCGGCCUCUUGCUGGGUUUCUUCAUCUUCAUCUACUCCAAGCCUUCCAAAGAAUCUAAGGAGCCAAGUAUUAGACCAAUUCAUGAGUUUGAUUCAAAGGAGCUGCAUGCUCUACUUCCUGAUAUCCCAUUCUGGAUCAAGAAUCCUGAUUAUGAUAGGGUUGAUUGGAUGAAUAAAUUUGUUUCUGAUAUGUGGCCUUACCUGGAUAAGGCAAUCUGUAACACAAUCAGGAACACAACAAAGCCAAUAUUUGAUCAAUACAUUGGGAAGUUCUGUAUAGAAUCUAUUGAAUUUGAGCACUUGACUCUUGGGACUCUUCCACCGAUCUUUCAUGGUGUAAAAGUUUAUGAAACUCAAGAGAGAGAACUUGUUAUGGAGCCUGCAAUCCGAUGGGCGGGUAACCCAAAUAUUAUCAUAUCUCUAAAGUUGCUAUCCCUGAAACUUUCAAUUCAGCUUGUAGAUUUUCAGAUGUUUCUAUUGCCCCGAGUUACUCUAAAACCGCUCGUGCCAAGUUUUCCAUGCUUUGCAAAUUUGAAAGUGUCGUUAACGGAGAAGCCGCAUGUUGACUUCGGGCUUAUAUUUUUUGGAGCAGAUAUCAUGGCUAUUCCUGGUUUGUAUCGCUUUGUUCAGGAAACAAUCAAAGAACAAGUAGCAAACCUGUACCAUUGGCCCAAUACUCUCGAAAUACCCAUCUUAGAUAGUUCCAGAGCAACAAAGAAGCCAGUUGGUAUAUUACAUGUGAAGAUUGUUCGGGCAUCUAAUCUACGUAAGAUGGAUAUCCUCGGUAAAUCAGACCCUUAUGUUAAGCUCAGCUUGACUGGAGAAAGACUACCUACAAAGAAAACUUCGAUUAAGAUGAGCAAUUUGAAUCCUGAAUGGAAUGAAAGCUUCAGACUUAUUGUGAAAGAUCCUGAAACUCAAGUUCUUGAGCUUCAUGUUUUUGAUUGGGAAAAGGUCAAGGCACAUGAUAAGUUGGGAAUGCAAACUGUGCCACUUAGUUUGCUUACUCCUUACGAGACAAAGGAAUUAACUCUUGAUCUUUUGAAGAACAUGAAUCCAAAUGAUCCUCAUAAUAAAAGAAACCGAGGAAAGAUUGUGUUGGAGCUGACAUUCAAUCCUUUCAAAGAAGAACAUGACAGGUUCAGUGGAUUUACCGUCGAAGGGAAGAACAGCAUCAUUCGAAGGUCAUCCACUAAUUUAUCAUCAAAUGGUGGAGUUUUAUCAGUCACCAUUGAAAAUGCAGAAGAUGUUGAAGGGAAGCAUCACAGCAAUCCUUAUGCAUUGCUUCUUUUCAGAGGAGAAUAUAAGAAAACAAAGGUUAUUAAGAAAAGCCGAGACCCGAGAUGGAAUGAGGCAUUCCAGUUUAUGCUAGAAGAGGAGCCAAUUGAUGAGAAAAUUCACAUUGAAGUUAUGAGCAAAAGAAAAGGAUUUAAUUUCUAUCCAAAGGAAUCACUGGGACAUGUAGAAAUUAAUCUCACUGAUGUUGUGAACAAUGGUCGAAUAAACGAACGAUACCAUUUAAUAAACUCGAGGAAUGGAGUGAUACAUGUAGAAAUCAGAUGGAGCACUGUUUGACAGAAGCAGUAAAAACAUUGAUGUAAAUUGAUUUUGUUGACAGUUAUAUUUUUACAUAAUUCAAAUCAUCAAACAAAGAGUUCAGACAAAAACUAUGGCUCUUCAAGGUCCAAUUUGUGGCCUAAUCAGGCAGGUAGGAUUUCCUUCUUUCGGAAAGGAGUCUUGUCCUGCUUGCCGGCUCUUAGAAACUGCUUCACCCACAAAGUUGUUACAGGCAAGGAUACUCUUUUUUGGAAAGAUGGUUGGCUUGAGGGCUGUGCUCCAAUGAA